AUGCUUUGGCAGCAGCUGGUCCUUCUCUGGGUCUCCCUGGUUGUGCUGGUAUCACCCCUCACAGCUAUAUGGAAUCUGAAGGAAAAUGUUUAUGUCGUGGAGUUGGACUGGCACCCUGAUGCCCCUGGAGAGGCUGUGAUCCUGAGCUGUGAUACUCAGGAGGAAGAUGGCAUCACCUGGACAUCCAGCCAGAGAAAGGUCCUGCACUCUGGCCAAAACUUGACCAUCCAAGUCAAAGAGUUUGGAGACGCCGGUGAAUACACCUGUCACAGGGGUGACAACAAGAUCAGCCAGUGGCGCCUGCUGCUUCACAAAAAGGAAGAUGGAGUUUGGUCCACGGAUAUUCUAAAGGAUCAAAAAGAACCAAAAAAUAAGACCUUUCUAAGAUGUGAGGCAAAUAAUUACUCUGGACAUUUCACCUGCUGGUGGCUGACAGCAGUCAGUCCUUAUCUGGAUUUCAACAUCAAAAGCAGUCGAGGCUCCUCUGACCCUCAAGGGGUGACAUGUGGAGCAGCAACCCUGGCAGCAGAGAAAGUCAGCGUGGACCACAGGGAGUACAAUAAGUAUACAGUGGCAUGCCAGGAGGAUAGCGCCUGCCCAGCCGCUGAGGAGCGCUUGCCCGUGGAGCUUGUGCUGGAUGCUAUGCACAAGUUCAAGUAUGAAAACUACACCAGCAGCUUCUUCAUCAGGGACAUCAUCAAACCAGACCCACCCAAGAACCUGCAGCUGAAGCCCCUGAAGGGCACUCGGCAAGUGGAGGUCAGCUGGGAGUACCCCGACACCUGGAGCACCCCACAUUCCUACUUCUCUCUGACAUUUGGUGUUCAGGUCCUAGACAAGAACAAGAAAGAGAAGAAAGACCCAGUCCUCACCGACAUGACUUCAGCCAAGGUCAAGUGCCAGAAGGGCACCAUUGUCCAGGUGCAUGCGCGGGACCGCUACUACAGCUCAGCCUGGAGCGAAUGGGCCACCGUGCCCUGCAGUUAA